AUGGGAUGCAAUGCUUCAGAACUUCCUAAAGAUAUCGAAGAAGCACUAAACCAGCAACUUCAAGCAUUGGAGAGCAUAGAAAACACUUUUAAAGCAAUGGAAGAGAGCAUUACAGUGGAAAUUCAAAGAAGAAAUGAAGCUGCUGAUGCUCAAGAAAAGCUUAUGAAAUGAAAGGAUAAGUCUGAUAAAAAACUUGAUGAGUUAGAAACACAGUUAGCAGAAAUUAUUGAAAAAAAUCAAGUAGCACAAGAAAGACAACUAUCUAGUAAAGCGAAUUUAAGAAGACCUGAUAUAUUUCCUAUUGAAGCGAAGAAAGCAUAG